AAGCUUACAUGAUUCAAAAGUAGUCGUCAUUUCAGCUUAUACUGGCGUGCCUUUGAGUUUGCCAAUAUUUGUAGUCAUCCAACAAGCGGUUGACCCCUUCAGCGUCAGACGAUGCACCCUGCCACAGCAGGCAUCAUCGACGAUUCUCCCAAGUCCACUGCAAUGAACGUGUGCGCUUUGCGAUAUUACCAAAGAAAAAGAUCCUUCGAUUUGCCUUGGAGCACUCCUCAGAUCCAGUGCAACCAUCACGACAGCAUCGUGCUGCCUCGAACUCCUGCCAGUAUCAACGGGCUGAGCAUUGUGUUUGUUGAUCUUGGAAAAUUCAAACCUGAUCAGUUGGGGUUACUCGUAUGGUCGAAGUAUCACCAUCGGUUGUAUUUUAACAUACACAUCGAACGAGAAAACUUGAAUAUUGAGCUCAAGUUAUCCUGCCAAGUCCCGACGAUGCAAUGCCUGGCUUGCCAGAACGCGUACUCGAGAACCACAAGCUUGGUGUCAAAAGGGUGUUUGAAGGGGAGUCAGCUGUACUGCAAGAGCAUCUUGCAGAGCUUGUGGUGGACGGAACAAUCGAUGACUCCAGAUGGCCUCAUUCCAGGCACAUACCCCACCCCUUUCCCGUUUGGAAUCGGAGAGUUGAAGGUAACAAAACUUCAAAUAUAUGUCACCUGUCUGGACAGUCUGCGAAUGUUGACUACGGCCCCAUUGGAGUCGGGGGUUGGUGGCUCGCAGUAGCUACGAUGUUGUGACGGAUGCUUAGUGCAAACUGCACGUGGUUUCGUCAGUCGAAUGGCAAUAACUGAGGAUACUAAUGCUUAUAUUC